AUGCAAAAGGAGGAAGUGCAAGUUGCUGAAAGAUCAGAGCAAACAGAAACACUAGAAGAGGCUGAGAGCAUCAAAGUACACCCUCAGAAGUCACAAGAGCAGAUUGAGGGUGAGCAAUUCAUUCAGUUCUUAUACAAUAUUCCUUUGGCUGAGGUGUUGGAGGAGGUGCCCCCCUAUAGGGCCGUCAUAAAAGUCCUACUCUCUAAGAAGAAGGUCUUGAAGGAAGAUGAAACUAUGGUCUUAAUCAAGGAGGCCGAGUAUAAAGAGGUGUAUGUUACUGAGGAAUUGAAGAAAAAAAAGGCUGAAGAAAAGACUGGAAGGACAUUGCUACACGCCUCAUUGGUGACACAGGAGCCAAAAGUACCACACCCUCAGAAGACCCAAAAGGAGACCAAGUACGAGCACUACUCACAAUUCAUGGAAGUCUUUAAGAAGCUUCGAAUCAAUAUUCCUUUUGUUGAGGUUUUGGAGCAAAGACCUCUCUCUGCUGCACUCAAGAAUGGCUUACUCUUUGAAAAGAAGGCCUUAAAGGGAGAUGAAACAGUGGUCCUGACUAAGGAAUGCAAUGCACUAAUUUAG